AAAUACAGGCAGCAUCAGUCUCUUUAUCAGAAGCUAGGGGUUGUCAGAGAGGAGGUAGUCUGUGCUGCAGCUCUCUGGCAUAAACAACAAAUAUGUGGCUUUAGUAAUUUGAACAGACCAAAUUAAGGUUUUACACCUCAAGGAACCACCGACCACUUACGACCGGUGUUUCGGAUCGCACUAUUGGAAAUGUAAUCUUAAUAGUGCCUAGCUAACUGAAUAGCUUCCGGGUUAGCUCGAAAUUUGGACCGUCUUGCUUUCUCCGACCCGAAAUUCAAAUAAUUAAGUAGUAACCCCGCGUGAAUCUUUCCAGAUUGGACAGCGAAAAACAUGGAAUCUGUUUUUAACAGGGACAGUCCUGUUAAGACGAGCAGGCCCGAACGGAUCCUCGAGCUUUCCUUGCUCUCUCUCCCGGAGCACAGCGCCAAGACCUCGCACUGCAGGAAUCUGUUUUCCCCUGGACCCAAGGCUGUGCUGUCCCCUGUCACCAAUUUGGCUAUGGAUAUGAACAAAUUAGCUGGACUCGGGAGCCAUUGUGAUACCCCGAAAAGGAGAACGCUAGCGCCCCUCGAGAAAGUUAACUCCUUUGCCUCUGACGUCUCAUCUGAUGCCGGCCUGGGCUUGGAUCUCCCCAGCCCCCUGGAUGCUAUUGAAGUGGAGGACACAUUUGAAAAGGCCAUACAAGAGUCAAGCAGAGUUAUCAAUGAGAGAAUUCCAAUUCGAAGAAUCAACUCAUUGCCACACCAGCUCAUGGGUUUAAGUCCAGCUUUAAAAGGACAGCAAAAUGAUUCACACCGCUAUGGAGUAUUUGGUCAGCAACAUUCCCAAGUAACCACCUCUCACUAUGAGAACAAGGAGAACAUGCCAGAGGAAAGCUUUGAAUUCAAGAAACCAACCAAACCCGUGUCACGGAGUCGUGUGCGUUCCUUUAACGGGCAGUCAAAGGAUGCCUUUGCCUGCCGCCCCAGCUCAGCACCAGCCCUCAUGCUUUCUUCACCACCUUCAAUUCAGCUUGGCUUUCAAGACUCCAGCCCCAUGUUUCUGAGACGUUCCUCCCUCACUUCCUCUUUAAACGAUGACGAAGAUGACGGCUUUUUGGAAAUACUUGACGACAACAUGGAGAAUGACUCCAGUGUACCAAUGGGCAUGGCCAACUUACUCACUGCCCCACUGGUGACUGACAUCACAGAAGAAGACUCUCCUGUGGUUCGGUGCCGACCGCGAAGCCUGUUUCGCUCUCCUUCAAUGCCCAGUCCCGUGUCCCGUCCCUCUAUAAAGCGUUCUGACCGCCCUGGAGAUGAAAACACACCUGUCAGGGUGAAGAGGCGACGCAGCCUUGCAGGAACACAAGUAACCACCAUGGAACAAAGCCCUGAAUCCCCAAGAAUGGGAUGCUCGCUGCUCCAGAGGUCCAAGUCCUUCUGCCAGGCAGAGAUUGAAAAGAUGCUGGACGGUGAGGGCGGUUCUAAUGAGCUAAUAGGUGAUUUCACCAAGCCUUUCGUGUUACCCACAGUGGAGGGAAAACAUCAAGACCUCAAGUACAUUACCUCAGACAUGAUGGUGGCAGCUCUCACCGGCCAGUUUGAUCAUGUGGUCGAGCAAGUCAUUGUCAUUGACUGCCGCUACCCCUACGAGUUUGAAGGAGGACACAUCAAGGGAGCACUGAACCUGCACCAGGAGGAGCAGGUGGAGGAUUUCCUCCUCAAGAAACCAAUUGUCCCAUCCAGCCCAGACAAGCGAGUCGUCAUCAUCUUCCACUGCGAGUUCUCCUCAGAGCGCGGCCCUCGAAUGUGCCGCUUUGUCCGGGAGCGAGACCGCGCCCUGAACGAAUAUCCCACACUCCACUACCCCGAGCUCUACAUCCUCAAGGGCGGCUACAAAGACUUCUUCCCUCAUUUUCAGGCACAAUGUGAACCUCAGUCCUACCGACCCAUGCACCACGAGGAUUUCAAGGAGGACCUGAGGAAGUGCCGCCUGAAAAGCCGCACCUGGGCCGGAGAGCGCAGUAAGAGAGAGAUGUACGGACGGCUGAAGAAGCUGUGACCUCAUCUUCCCAAUCUGCCGCUAAAACACACACACACACACACACACUGCCUCUCCAUGAACAGACUCAGUGCAGCCUCCUCAAGGCCUCACCCUAACAAAUAAAAUACCUUUUGUGACUGCACCAGCAGAAAAAGGGAUUUUAACCCCCCACCCCCCCCCAAAGUUUCAUUUUGAACUAUAGCAACGUUGGUUAUUUAUGCAAUUUUAAAGAGGGAAGGAUGUGAAAUGAGUCCUUGGCCUUAAGAAGUCAGAGGUGCAGUGAACAGAUUUUCUAAAGGUGAUUUGAAUUUAUUUUUUAAAAACCACUAGGACCUUUUUAACUUUCCUGAUUUGUUUUUUUUUUUUUUUUUUUUCAUAAGCUGGCAAAUCAGAGCCGUAAUGCAAUAAUA